AUGGUCACCACCGUCCGUAAGCCACUACCCACCCCACCGAAAGCGCAAGUAAUCCCGGCUCCUGGUCGCGCGCCCACUACCGGCAAGCUGUCCGUCUUUUUGGCUGGCUCCAUUACUGCCAGCAGCGCUGGCCCCGACUGGCGCUUGCCGCUCAUAGAGUCGCUUCGGGGCCAUCAAUUGACCCUUUUCAACCCGCUCCGGGAGGAUUGGAACGCAUCAUGGAGGGAGGAUAUGUCCUUCGGGCCGUUUCGGGAGCAGGUGGACUGGGAACAGGAUAUGCAGGAAAGGGCCGAUGUCCUGGUGGUGUAUUUUGGCGCGAUGACGGAUGCCCCGAUCAGUCUUCUUGAAUUGGGAUUGAGCGCUCGGUCACCCACGAAAAAGAUAAUUGUCGUCUGCCACAAUCUUUAUCCGAAACUUGGCUACGUGGAGAUCGUGUCCCGGCGACUUGGGCUGGACUUUUUCAAGGUUGGGAAUGAAAAAGAUUUAUUGUGGGGAGUGCAGGAAAGAUUGUUGAAACUUCUGAGAGCAAGGCUUCCCCGUCGUGCACCACCCGGGCAGCAGAGCCAGCAGAGCGCGUGA